GAGUUUUGUAGACGUCUUGUGAAGUGAGGAUAAAAUGCAGUGUAGUUUAUUUUUUAUUUUGGCUGUGUGCGUUGGAAGUUUUGCUAGCAAAACUGAAUUGAAUGCGACACUAUUAGAAUGGUUUCCACCUUUCUUCAGUUUAGACGACUGGGGGUCAUGUCAGCGGCCUAUGGACAAAUACUGCAUUGUCGACGCCGUACUUCACUCUAGCAAACCUUCACCACUUCUUGAUGUUUUAGAACUAUACUCGUCAGAGAUGUAUAAGCACUAUAAUAGAACACAAAUCCAUCGUGGUGUAUGCGUAUCAAGAUGUCCCGGGAAAAAUAAUACAGAGAAUUUAGUUGAAGCUGCCCAGGGCUGCAUCGACGAGAAUAUCAAAGCUUACGAUCUCGAGGCAGAAGUCGUAUCGGCGAAAUGGUGCAAUACGGCCGGCGUUUCGCGUGUGUCGAAGUCAGCUCGGGUCAUGGCGGUCAUAAUGAUUACACUUUUGGUAAUAAUUGUUGCUGCCACCGUGGUCAGUUUUGUGGAUCCAAAAAUGGGUAACAGAUAUUUAAUGGCAUUUUCUCUCAAGAAGAACUGGGAAAUUUUGACACGCUCUAGAUCCGAUCCAAAAAGCGAAUCUCGUCUCAAUUGUUUCGCUGGUUUCGACGGAAUAAAAGUAUUGGGUAUACAGAGUGUGUUUUUCACACAUAUUAUAUUGAUACACGCGUAUGCGUACACCGACAAUCCGGAGUUCAUAGAAAGGUUCUACGACCAGUUUGUGUGGAAGGUCCUGAUGAAUUCGCCUCUCCUCCUCCAAGCUUUCUUCGUGAUGACAGGCUUCAUGACAGCUUACAUGACGUUAAUAGUAUCUGAAAAACGAAAAAUUACUAUAUUUGGAUGCUUUUAUUCAAUAGCUAACCGUUGGUUCAGGUUAGCCCCAGUGGUGAUAUUUGUAUUAUGGUUCACAAUGGCAUGGUUCCCAUUGAUGGGAUCGGGACCCCACUGGUCUUGGGUCGUGGAGAAGGAGGCACAAGAGUGCUCAGAAAUCUGGUGGUACUAUUUGUUCUUCGCACAAAACCUCAUCGGAACAGAGCGGUUUUGCUUGAGUCAUUUAUGGUAUGUAGGUGCUGACAUGCAGUUCCACAUCGUCGGUAUGCUGUUGCUACUCGUUCUGGUUCGCUACCGAAAGAUGGCAUUACCUAUACUACUUCCCUUGUUCAUUGCUCCUGGUAUAGCAUCAGCCGCUACCAAUUGGGUCUAUGAAUAUCCUCCCAUCAUUGUUGGACAGCCUCCAGAAGUACUUCGGAGACUAUUUACAGGAUGGCCCCGUAUGACAAUUAUAUAUUUGGCACCCUGGAUGAACCCUGGAUUCUUCGCUGGUCUCGCCACAGGUUUUAUCCACUACUCCAAUGAAGAAAAAGGAAUCAAACUGAAUGAAAAGAAGUGGUUCUGCACCCUCAGUCACAUUUCCUUACAUCUCUGUCUGGUUGUCUCAGUAAUAGGAGUCAUCUUUAUGGGUGAUGACUUACCACCAUGGUGGGCUACGGCUGUGUACUCCGCCUUGGAUAGAAACCUGAUUGCUUUAUUUAUGAGCUUCAUGAUUUUGGGCUUCGCGAAUAACUGUCAAUCUCCACUCUUAAAGAUAUGCUCGUGGCGAGGUUUUCGAGUACUGGGAAAACUGUCAUACUGCGCGUAUACUAUACACUUUAUCGUACUGCGUUUAAUUAUGGGAAGCAACACAAAUCUUGUACACAUCUCUAUAUUUUCCAUGAUCUGUUUCGUCAUCCUAACAACGAUCCUUACAUACUUGGCGUGUGUCCCUGUGUACUUGAUCAUUGAGUUACCUAUGGUCCAAUUGUGGAAGGCUAUAUUUGAGGCCCCAAUGCCUUCUCCUCCGGUAGAACCAAGCACAGUGAAAAUGGAACCGUCGAACAACGGCAACGCAGAAGUGUAGUUGCAAGCAAAACUGAGUAGAAUAAUUUAUUUAUGUAGAAUUGUUAAACCAAAUAAAUGGAGCCCUAAGCCUACUAUUUUAAUUGUCCGAAAGAAUGUUUUGUAACUGCCGAUUAGAUUACUAGUAUUACGGCAAGAGAUAAUAUUACGCAGGCAUUGACAUUUGAAAAUAGAAGACUAGAAGUCAGGCUAGAUUAAGAAUGACGAGGCCAAAGCGAGAAACAUGUAAUGUUGUAAUGUUUCACAAUAGCACUUAAAUUCCCAAUAAGCUUUAUAACUCGAACGAACCUUCGAUUGCGGUAAACCUAAGUUUCAUAUUUGUGCCAAUUUUUCUCUUACAUUCGUUAUACAGGUUAUAAAAAAGACAACAGAGUAUUUUUAACUAAAAUCAAAUUAUUCAUAAAAAUGUUUUUAUAUUUAGUCCUAUUUUAUUAGUUAUGGAAAUAUUGUAUUUUAUGCAUAAUGGUGUUUUGUAAAGAUGUCUUGGCCAUCU